CUGCAAGCUUGUACGACUUUGGAGUGUGGGAGGAAACCGAAGAUCUCGGAGAAAUCCCACGCAGGUCACGGGGAGAACGUACAAACUCCAUACAGACACCACCCGUAGUCGGGAUCAAACCCGGGUCUCCGGCGCUGCAAGCGCUGUAAGUCAGCAACUCUACUUCUGCGCCACCGUGCCGCCCGGUAUAAAAUCAUGAGAGGAAUAGAUCGGGUAGAGGCACAGAGCCCCUUGGUGAAUCGAGGACCAGAGACCUAAAGUUUAAGGUGAAGGGGAAAAGGUUUAAUAAGAAUCUGAGGGGUGACAUUUUCACACAAAGGGCGGUAGGUGUAUGGAACGAGCUGCCAGAGUAGUUGAGGCUGGGACUAUCCCAACGUUUAAGUAGCAGUUAGACAGGUUUGGAGGGGCAUUGACCAAACCCAAGCAGCUAGGGUCAUGUUGGCCAGUGUGGGCAAGCUGGGACGAGGGGCCUGUUUCCACACUGUAUGUCCCAAUACAAUAAUACUUUAUUAGCCAAGUAUGUUUUGCAACAUAGGAGGGGUUUCAUUUGCCAUACAGUCAUACCAAUAAAAAGCAACAAAACACACAAAAUACAUUUUAACAUGAACAUCCACCACAGUGACUCCUCCACAUUUCUCAUUGAGAUGGAAGGCGAAAAAAAUGUUCGCUCUCUUCCCUUCUUUGUCCUCCCGCGAUCGGGGGCCUCGAACCUUCCGUUGACGGGACGAUCUUGACUCCCGUAACGGCGGUCGGGCCCUCCGCAUCAGGGUGAUCAAGCUCCUGCAUCGGGGGGGAUCUCAGCUCCCCCGCGCCGGGCGAUCGGACCCCGGGUCGGGGCUGGCCGAACCUUCUGCGUCGUUGGAGCUAGCGACACCUACGGCCUCCAACCGAGGCUGCGAACUCCUCGAUGUUAAAGUCCGCAGGCUGCGGUUGGAGCGUCGAUCCCAGGCAAGGGAUCGGAUACGAUGGGAAGUCCACGGCCCCGCGGUGGGGCUCAAAGUCAGUUCCGAGCGAGGCCUCCAGCUCCAUGAUGUUAAGCUGCAGAGAUACGACCCGGAAAACAAUCGCAUCUCUGGCAUCGGGCUCUAUAAAGUGAAUAGACAAUAGGUGCAGGAGUAGGCCAUUCGGCCCUUCGAGCCAGCACCCCCAUUCAAUGUGAUCAUGGUUCAUCAUCCACAAUCAGUACCUCAUUCCACAAUCACCCACAAUCAGUACCCCAGUACCCCAGAAUUAAGGGACAGAAGUUUAGGGGUAAUAUGAGGGGGAACUUCUUACUCAGAGAGUGGUAGCGGUGUGGAAUGAGCUUCCAGUGGAAGUGGUGGAGGCAGGUUCAUUGGUAUCAUUUAAAAAUAAAUUGGAUAGGCAUAUGGAUGAGAAGGGAAUGGAGGGUUAUGGUAUGAGUGCAGGCAGGUGGGACUAAGGGAAAACAAAAUUUGUUCGGCACGGACUUGUAGGGCCGAGAUGGCCUGUUUCCGUGCUGUAAUUGUUAUAUGGUUAUAUGGUUAUAUUCCUGCCUUCUCCCAUAUCCCCUGACUCCACUAUCUUUAAGAGCCCUAUCCAGCCCUCUCUUGAAAAUAGCCUGAGGGAAUGCAGGGAAGCGCUGUGUGUACAUUGCUAUCCACAAGGGACAGGCAGUUCGGGAAGUAAAACACAAACACCAACGCGGCACAGUGUUACAUAGAAAAUAGGUGCAGGAGUAGGCCACCCGACUCUUCGAGCCAGCACCGCGAUUCACUGUGAUCAUGGCUGAUCAACCACAAUCAGUAACCCCGUGCCUGCUCAGAGCUGGAGCCUGGCAGGGGCGGGACCUGCCUUGUGACAGAGUUUCACGGCGUUGGCGUUUCACUUUCGCCUCGCUGUAGAUUUCAACCAAAGAUCCUACAGCAGAGCUCUUGGUUUCAACUGUGUUAACUUCACCGACUGGCUCCAGGGACAUUUCAGAGCAGAACAACCGGGAGAGGGGGAGGGGGCUCGGAUUCACCAACAUGGACCUGACCGUGCUGUUCCUAGUGCUGUUUCUGUGGAACGUAAGAGGAACUCGUCCGUCCAGCUUGACGGAGAAGAACGUGGCUCUAAUGGAUUCAUCGACUAUCAGCACCUUCGGAUUAUCUCAGCCUGGCUUCAAGAGGUUGAAAAGGCAAAUCAACUGUGGGCUUAAGGAGUAUUGGUCAGCAGAUUCAACCCGCUGUUGUGCCAAGUGCCUUGCAGGUCAGUACGUGAAAAAAUCUUGCAGUGAAACCGAGAACUCCACCUGUCAAGAAUGUGAGCAAACCAAAACAUAUACAGAGUUUGAAAAUGGUGUGACUGCUUGUCAUGCAUGCAAGGCUUGCCAAGAGGACAACGGUCAAAAAAUAGAAGAGAAUUGUACCACGACCAGCAACACGAAAUGCAGUUGCAGAGAAAAUUUCUUCUGUGAUACAAGUCCAUGCAAACGCUGCUCACUUUGCAAAAUAUGUGACGAGCCCAAUGAAGAGAUUGCCCACGCUUGUACACCCACCAAUGACACAGUCUGCAGAGCGAGGACAAAAGAAGACAACAGUCAUUUGGGUUUGCUGACAAUAAUACCGAUCAUGAUGAUUGGAGUAGUUGGAGUUUUACUAUACUGCAAAAGAAAAUCCCUCCCAUGUAAUAGAAAGACAGAAGAACACCUGGAACAAGUUGCAAUUAUUGCUUACAAAGAGGUCAAACCAGAGGAGCAAGAUGUACCAGACGUGGAGCUUUCGGAUGGGGAUAUGCAUGAUAUAGCGGACGAGAUUGAGCCACGGCACUAUCACCAACUUGGGAUAAGCCUGGGGCUGACGGAACCCAAACUGCAGCAGAUCGAAGCCGAUUACCGGGACGAUAAAAGCCGGCAGGGGUUCGCCAUCCUGUACGAAUGGCUCCAGAGCAAUGGGAAGCGAGGGGCCCUCCCGAAGCUGAUCGGGAUCCUUCGAAAUUUAGGGUGGAUGCUGGCAGCAGACAACAUCUUGACCAAAUUAACCAGCACCAAAGAAAUCAGCGUUGAGAUUCCCGAAAAGGAUGUGAGUGAAACUAACGGAGCGACUGAACAUGUAUCCGUAGCUUAGAUACAAAAAAAAUAAGUGCAGGAGGAGGCCAUUCGGCCCUUCGAGCCAGCGCUGCCAUUCAAUAUGAUCAUGGCUAAUCAUUUAAAAUCAGUACGUCGUUCCAGCUUUCUCCCCACAUCCCUUUAUUCCGUUAGCCCCAAGUCUAACGAAAGGGAAAUCAUGCUUGACUAAUCUUCUGGAAUUUUUUGAAGAUGUAACUAGGAAAAUGGACAAGGGAGAGCCGGUGGAUGUAGUGUACCUGGACUUUCAGAAAGCAUUUGAUAAGGUCCCACAUAGGAGAUGAGUGGGAAAAAUUAGGGCACUUGGUAUUGGGGGUAGAGUGGUGACAUGGAUAGAGAAGUGGUUGGCAGGCAGGAAACAAAGAGUAGGGAUUAACGGGUCCCUUUCAGAAUGGCAGGCAGUGACUAGUGGGGUACCACAAGGCUCAGUGCUGGGACCGCAGCUAUUUACAAUAUACAUCAAUGAUUUGGAUGAAGGGAUUCAAAGUAACAUUAGCAAAUUUGCAGAUGACACAAAGCUGAGUAGCAGUGUGAACUGUGGAGGAAUCUAUGAGAAUGCAGGGUGACUUGAACAUGUUGGGGGAGUGGGCACAUGCAUGGCAGAUGAAGUUUAAUGUGGAUAAAUGUGAGGUUAUCCACUUUGGUAGCAAAAACGGGAUGGCAGAUUACUAUCUAAAUGGCGUCAAGUUGGUAAAAGGGGAAGUACAACGGGAUCUGGGGGUCCUUGUUCAUCAGUCUAUGAAAGUAAGCAUGCAGGUACAGCAGGCAGUGAAGAAAGCGAAUGGCAUGUUGUCCUUUAUAACAAGAGGAAUCGAAUAUAGGAGCAAAGAGGUCCUUCUGCAGUUGUACAGAGCCCUAGUGAGACCACACCUGGAGUAUUGUGUGCAGUUUUGAUCCCCUAAUUUGAGGAAGGACAUUCUUGCUAUUGAGGUAGUGCAGCAUAGGUUUACAAGGUUAAUUCUCGGGAUGGCGGGAUUGUCAUAUGCUGAGAGAAUGGAGCGGCUGGGCUUGUAUACUCUGGAGUUUAGAAGGAUAAGAGGGGAUUUUAUUGAAACAUAUAAGAUUGUUAAGGGUUUGGACACGCUGGAGGCAGGAAACAUAUUCCCGAUGUUGGGGGAGUCCAGAACCAGGGGCCACAGUUUAAGAAUAAGGAGUAAGCCAUGUAGAACGGAGACGAGGAAACACUUUUUCUCACAGAGAUAUGUGAGUCUGUGGAAUUCUCUACUUCAGAGGGCGGGGGAGGCAGGUUCUCUGGAUACUUUCAAGAGAGAGCUAGAUAGGGCUCUUAAAAAUAGCGGAGUUAGGGGAUAUGGGGAGAAGGCAGGAACGGGGUACUGAUUUGGGAUGAUCAACCAUGAUCACAUUGAAUGGCGGUGCUGGUUCGAAGGGCCAAAUGGCCUACUCCUGCACCUAUUGUCUGUUGUCUAUUGUCUAAACUAACUUUUGAGCUAAAUCUAACUCUCUCUUGAAAACAUCCAGUGAAUUGGCCUCCACUGCCUUCUGUGGCAGAGAAUCCCAUAGAUUCACAACUCUCUGGUUGAAGAAGCUUUUCCUCAUCUCAGCCCUUAAUGGCCUACCCGUUAUUCUUACACUGCGAACCCCCUGUUUCUGCACUCCCCCAAUAUUGGGGAACAUGUUUCCUGCAUCUAGCCUGUCCAAUCCUUUAAGAAUUUUAUGUGGAAUUCUCUGCCACAGAAGGGCAGUGGAGGCCAAUUCACUGGAUGUUUUCAAGAGAGAGUUAGAUUUAGCUCUUCGGGCUAACGGAAUCAAUGGAUAUGUGGAGAAAGCAGGAACGGGGAACUGAUUUUAGAUGAUCAGCCAUGAUCAUAUUGAAUGGCGGUGCUGGCUGGAAGGGCCGAAUGGCCUACUCCGGCACCUAUUGUCUAUGUUGCCCCUGAGUUAAAAUGGAGGAGAUCGAGCUCUCUGAAGUUGUGCCAAAGGGAAAGGACUGAACUCGCCAAACCACACUCUGUGGAGAUGCUUUUCCCAACUUUUAGCAAUCUUUACGUGAUUUCUAUGUUGUUUACAUGAUCAACUUUGUACGAAUGAGGGUGACUGGUGUGGGGUUUGUACAUAUUUUAAAUUGUGGAGGUCACCGGUAUCACAAACUAAAGGCGAUAGAAAAUGUUUUCCUCUUUGCACUGGUGACAAAUCUAUCAUUGUGCCCAUUGAAAUAUUUUUUUCGUGCGUGUGUAUGCGCAGGAGUUAUAUACUUGUACAGCACAAGGUGAAUUUAUAAUGGGAAAUAAGGAAGUGGCAGAACAGUUAAACGAGUACACAAAAACGCUGGAGAAACUCAGCGGGGGCAGCAGCAUCUAUGGAGCGAAGGAAGUCGGCAAUUUCUUGCCUAUUUCCUUCGCUCCAUAGAUGCUGCUGCACCCGCUGAGUCUCUCCAGCAUUUUUGUGUACCUUCGAUUUUCCAGCAUCUGCUGUUCCUUCUUAAACAGUUAAACGAGUACUUUGGUUCUGCCUUCUGUCUAAGGAAGACGCAAGCAAUCUCUAGAAAUACUAGAGUACCGUGGAUCUAGUGGGAGGGAGGAAAUGAAGGGAAUCCUCAUUUAUCAGGAAAUGGUGUUAGGUAAAUUGUUGGGACUGAAGGCAGAUAAAUCCCCAGGGCAAUGGACAAUAGACAAUAGGUGCAAGAGUAGGCCAUUCGGCCCUUCGAGCCGGCACCGCCAUUCAAUGUGAUCAUGGCUGAUCAUCCCUAAUCAGUACCCCUUUCCUGCCUUCUCCCCACAUCCCAUGACUCCGGUAUCUUUAAGAGCCCUAUCUAGCUCUCCCUUGAAAGUUUCCAGAGAACCGGCCUCCACCGCCCUCUGAGGCAGAGAAUUCCACAAUUCUGAUGGUCUGCAUCCCAGAGUACUCAAGGAGGUGGCCCUAUAAAUCGUGGAUGCAUUGGUGAUCAUUUUGCAAUGUUCUCUCGACUCUGGAUCAGUUCCUGUGGACUGGAGGGUAGCAAAUAACCUUACUUUUUAAGAAAGGAGGGAGAGAGAAAAGGGGGAAUUAUAGACCAGUUAGCCUUGCAUCGGUAGUGGGGGAGGAUGCUGGAGUUGAUUAUUAAAGAUGUUAUAGCAGCACAUUUGGGAAGCAGUGACAGGAUCGGUCAAAGUCAGCAUGGACUUAUGAAGGGGAAAUCAUACUUGACUAAUGUUCUGGAAUUUUUUAAGGAUGGAACAAGUAGAAUGGAUAAGGGAGAGCCAGUCUAUGUUUCUAUGUUUCUAAGAACUCUGCAGUCAUUUUGCUGAGCACCUCCGUCCAGUCCGCCUUUACCUACCUACCUGAUCUCCCGGCGGCCAAACACUUUGACUCCCCCUCCUAUUCCCACACUGGCCUUUGUGUCCUGGGCCUCCCCCACAGUCAGAGUGAGGCCUGAUGCUAAUUGGAGGAACAGCACCUCAUAUUGGGCAACUUAUACCCCAGCCGAGAUAGACACAGAAAGCUGGAGUAACUCAGCAGGUCAGACAGCAUCUCUGGAGAUAAUUCAACCCAGCGGUAUGAAUAUUGAUUUCUCUAAUUUCAAGUAACCCUUGUUUUCCCUCUCUCUCUCUCCGUCCCUCCCCAUCCUAGUUCUCCGACUAGUUCUACUGUUUAAAUGUUACUGAUUCUAUGCCUCGUUGUCACCUUCCCCUCAGCGAACAAUGUACUGUUCUACAUUUCCUUAGUAGCAUCUGCUUUGAUCUCUCAUUUUCACACCUUACCCUUCCACAUCUCUAGACUCCCUCUCCCCUGACUCUCAGACUGAAGAAAAAGAUCUCGACCCGAAACGUCACCCAUUCCUUCUCACCAGAGAUGCUGCCCGUCCCGCUGAGCUACUCCAGCAUCUUGUGUCUAUCUUCGCUGGAAGAACUCUGCAGGUCAGGCAGCAUCUGUGGAGGGAAUGGACAGACGGCGUUUUGUGUCGGACCCUUCUUCAGACUGAAGGUGGAAGGGGGAGGGGAGCAAGCUGGAUAAAGUGAGGUGGGGGUUUGGACAAACCUUGAUGAGUGAUAGGUGGAUACAGACGAGGGUGGUUUUGGUUCACUGAUGGGUAGAUAAAGGCCAGAGAUGAAAAGGCAAAAGUAGAGAGAUAAGGAGCUGAGGAGAGAACAAGCAUGAAAUGUGAAGCCAGAGGAAGGAAUAGAAUAAACUUGAUCAAGCGUAGGUCAAAUUUAGAAAAUCUAGCCCAAUAUCUGAUUAAGAUACGACACGAUAGAACGUUAUUUAUCUCAGGAGGGAAAUUAAAACACAACAGUCGUAAAAGCACAAGAUUCAUAGAUUCAUAGAAAAUAGGUGCAGGAGUAGGCCAUUCGGCCCUUCGAGCCUGCACCGCCAUUCAAUACGAUCAUGGCUGAUCAUCCAACUCAGUAUCCUGUACCUGCCUUCUCUCCAUACCUUUAGCCACAAGGGCCACAUCUAACUCCCUCUUAAAUAUAGCCAAUGAACUGGCCUCAACUACCUUCUGUGGCAGAGAGUUCCAGAGAUUCACCACUCUCUGUGUGAAAAAUGCUUUUCUCAUCUCGGUCCCAAAGGAUUUCCCCCUUAUCCUUGAUACAUGAAACAUGAAAUUAAAGUGACGAGUGGAAAGGAUUAGAGAUGUACAAAUAUUUGGGCGUGGGGGGGGUGGGGGAGAGUCCGUCUCAGUCUACCCCACGCCAGAAGCGGGAAUUGUACAGUUUGAUAGCCACAGGGAAAAAGGAUCUCCUGUGGCGUUCUGUCCUGCAUCUGUUGCUGAAGGUGCUCCUCAGGUUGACAAGUGUGUCACAGAGCAGGGGUGAGCUGUAUUGUCCAGGAUGCUCCGCAGUUUGAGGACCAUCCUCUCCUCCAAGACCACCUCCCGUGAAUCCCAACGGACGGAGCCAGCCUUCCUGAUGAGCUUGUUGAUCCUGUUGGCACCCGCAGCCUACACCCUGCUGCCCCAGCGCACGGCAGCGAAGAUGAUGGCACUGGCCACCACUGGCUUCCAUUUAAUUAAAAGUUACUAAAAUGCAGGAAAUGAAAUGAACAAAUAUACUUGAUCAACUGCUCUGUUUGAAUUGCACUCAAAAGGGAUAAGAUAUAAUUUUGGAGGAAUUGAUGGUGUCCCAGUGUAAUAAUUCUUUGAAAACAAUUAUACUGAAAGCUGGUGAAACUCAGCGGGUGAGGCAGCAUCUAUGGAGCGAAGGAAUAGGCGACGUUUCGGUUCGAGACCCUUCUUCAUACUGAUGUUGAGGGGUGGG